AUGAAGAGAAGAGAAAGAAGAAGAAGGAUGAGGAGGGAGGAGGAGCAUGAGAGGGGAACAAGAGGGAGGAGAAGGAGGAGGAAGAAGGUGGGAGGUGAAAGAGGAGGAGCAAAAGGAGAAGGAAGAGGAGGAGCAGCUGGAAGAGAAGGAAGAAGAAAAAGAAAAAGGAGUAGGAAAGGGGAAAGAGACAGAGGAAAAUCGGGAAGAAAAAAGAGGAAAAUGAUGGAGUUGGAGGAGGAGGAAGAAGCAGAAUGA